AUGUUCCUCCUUUGUCUUGCAAUAGCACUAGUGUCUGUAUUAUCGUGUAAAGGCCAACCGAAUUGUCAGUUGGGAUCAAACACAUAUACUUUUCACCAGUCAUGCUACAAAUUUGUGCAUGAACAUUUCAGCUGGCCAGAAGCUAUCACAUACUGUGCAACGCUAGGAGGCGAACUGGUUCGAAUAGAGUCGGCUGCAGAACACAACUUUCUGAUUCAUAUAGCAAACCAGUUAAAAGCAAAUGACACUUCUUUCGAUGUCAAGGAGUACUGGAUUAAUCUGUCGGACGCCAUUGUACAAGGAGAGUGGAUGUGGAUGGGAAACACGAGACUGAACGCUCCGGAGGACUCUCCUAACAACGAGCGUGCUACUUAUGUAAAGUGGGGACCAAACCAACCAGAUGACCAUCCUAACGAGGACUGCGCGGGACUGUGGUUCGAGGGGGGAUUUUUGUACGGGGAUUGGCCUUGUAGUGCACUAUUGCACGCCAUUUGUGAGGACAGCUCUAUAGCAGAUGAUUGAACAUAGCACAUUUAACACUACGGACAUAUAACAU